UUUCCUUAGGAAAUUAAUACUCCAAAAAUACUCCAUUUAUUGAUUCUUCGACAGCAGAGAGAGCUGUAAUGGAGAACCAAGACGACCACAGAAGCGUUCGAGUUUUAUGCCCUAAGCUCCUUCUCCAUAAGAACCAACCUGGCCUUCAAUGGCUGAUCGGAUCCCCAUUCUUCCCUCCCCUCACAAUACUAUCCACCGUCAAAUGCAUCCACUUUGAUCAUCAUUCCUCUUCCCCGGAUUACAAUCAAGAAUCAGACGAUCUUCGAACCUUGCUGCUGAAAGGAUUUGAUAUCGUUGGAGCUUUGAUUGUUAAAAAUUCCGAUAUCGAAACGAAUGCUGCCGAGGCUAUUGAUUCUGCUCGCAAGCUCAGAAAGCUUCUUUAUGGCGUUGGAGCAUUAGACAAGAAAGAAGUUCUGGGAGUUGUGGCAGAUUCAGACACUGGGGAAAUUCACUUUUUGACUUCAAAUUCGGAAAAUUCAAUGGGGAUUGAACGUGUUGAUUCUGUGGUCUAUGAGGAUUAUCCUGAGAAGUAUUUUUGGGAGAGAGGUUGCUUGCUAAGCUGUGAACUUCCUAUUCAGUUGCCACUCUACUAUCCUGUACACAACUCUUCUGAUGUGAAGAAGGUAUUCCAGCGUGCAACUGAAGGUGUUAUAGCCAAAUUAAAAGACCCAAAGAUUGCAUACAUUGUAGAAACAACAGCACAAAUUUCCGGUGAAAUACCUCAACCUGUCAUUCUGCGUGGUGGACAGUUGGACUUUAGUACAGACAUCUCAAAUUUCAGGGAAGGUGCUCAAGAUUCUGAUGCAAAGUUGAUAACAUGUUCGCAGUUCUGUUUGAAUAAUAAAUCUGACUCUUCAGUGUAUUCUACUGAGAAUGCAGAUAAAAUCCAAGUAAGCAUUCUUGUUAACAGCUCAGAAAAUACUCCAACAGUAGCUGCACCGCUUGCACAAUAUGUUCCAGUGUGCGUUUCAGCAAUUGAAGAAACCAGACUUUUGGUUGUGGAAUUUAAGCUUGAAGUGCUCAGUUAUGCGGCCAAGGAUCUUCCACUUGUGUCUGCAGUUUCGAAGUUAAUAGUUCCAGGGUUAAUUGAUCAAUUUAAUUCAAUGAAAAAUACUAUUUUGCCCGAUCUCCUAGCCAAGCAUCCUCAGUUGCAUUCUUACCACUUUAAUCCUCCGGGGCUUCUUCAUCCAGUAAAUGUUAUCUAUGAACUUAACUAUGGUGAGACAGAAAUGAAGCAAGUUGAAGUUAGGAAAGCCCUACACUUGAGGCUGGGUUUACCUCUUGAUCGUCCCCUCCUAAGAGCUGCUAAUGCUCUGAACUUUUUUACAUCUCAUGGUCUAAAGAGUGACUCAAUAAAGAAAGGUUCUACUUUGCUGAAGGAUGUACAUAUUGGAAUUCCAAGUAGUGGUGUUUCAGGAGGCACUUUAUCUCUUGUUCAAGGUUCUUACGAAUAUUACCAUUAUAUGCAUGAUGGCUUUAAUGAUUCGGGUUGGGGUUGCGCUUAUCGAUCUUUACAAACCAUCAUUUCAUGGUUCCGCCUCCAACACUACACAUCUACAGAAGUUCCUUCACAUAGGGAAAUACAGCAAUCACUUGUUGAUAUUGGUGACAAAGAUCCUAAUUUUGUCGGGUCACGUGAAUGGAUAGGUGCCAUUGAGCUGAGUUUUGUUUUGGACAAACUGUUGGGUGUCGGUUGCAAAAUCAUAAAUGUAAGAUCUGGAGCUGAGCUACCUGAGAAAUGUCGGGAGCUGGCUUUGCACUUUGAGAAUCAAGGAACCCCAAUUAUGAUUGGUGGUGGAGUACUUGCGUAUACCCUUCUAGGGGUCGAUUACAAUGAAGUUAGCGGAGAUUGUGCAUUUCUUAUACUCGAUCCUCACUAUACGGGCAAUGACGAGCGCAAGAAAAUCAUAAGUGGGGGGUGGUGUGGGUGGAAAAAGGCCGUUGAUAGUAAGGGGAAGAAUUUCUUCUUACAUGAUAAGUUUUAUAAUCUUUUGCUGCCACAAAGGCCUAACAUGGUUUGAUUUUGAAUCUUUGAUUAGUCUGUAUUAGACCAGUUCAGAAUAGAGAAAGUGACUCCUCUUAACUUCAACGUGUUCAAAUGUAAAACAGACUUCAUUCAUUAAUUUAUUUUUGCAGCAACACCAGGAUAAAACUGAAUCAAAGAUGAAAUAAAAUAAAAGGUCUUUACUUUU